GUCCUUAUCAAGUGCAAGUAUGAUACAAAAUACAGAGAAAACCAAAAAUAUUUCUGUAAGGGUUCAGGGCUAUCCUGUUCUGACCAGAGAGGAGCUAAAGACGAGUGGAUAAAUUCAGGAAGAUUCUCACUGUUUGAUGACACCAAAUCAGCAGUGUUCAGUGUGAUAAUCAGAGAGCUCACUGUAGAGGACACUGGGACGUACCAGUGUGGAGUUGAUAGAAAUUCACAGAUGGAUACAACAGUGCACCUGAAAGUAAAGGAAGGGUCCUCGGUCUCUAGAGAAGUGACUGCAUAUGCCAGGACAAGAAGCAACAUCAAGUGUAGCUAUGACGAUGAGUACAAAGAGAAACCUAAAGCUUUCUGUAAGAUCGAAACACAUCAGUGUUGUUUUAAUCAAAUAAGUACAGAACCGAACAGGUUAUGGUCACAUAAUGGCAGAUUCUCAAUUCAUGACAACAGAAGUGCGGGAUUCUUCAGUGUGUUUAUCAGAGAGCUGAUUACGGGGGACACUGGAACAUACGCAUGUGCUGUUGUUGUGUCUAAUGAAACAGAGUUCUACACCGUACUGACGCUGAAUGUCAUAGAAGAUCUGUCCAAUGAGAAGUCCAUCAGUAAGACUGUGCAUGUAGGAGGAGAUUUGACUGUCAACUGUAAAUACCCAGAAUCCCACAGGAAUGACAAUAAGUUUCUCUGCAAAAGGCCUAAAACUGCUGCUUGUUCUUAUAGUUCAACUGUUAAAAAAAGUAGAACAUAUAUAAAUGAGGGGAAAAUCUCCAUGUAUGAUGACAGAGAAACACAGAUGUUUACUGUACGUAUUAAACAUGUGAGUGAGCAGGACUCUGGUGAAUACUGGUGUGGAGCUGAAGUAAACUGGACAUCUAAUCGUGGAUACAAGGUUUAUUUCACACAGAUCGACCUAAUAGUUACUGUAUUUCCAGUUUCCAAUGUGAUAACCGUGACUGUGAGUCUGCUUGUGCUUCUGAUUGGAAUCAUAUUCCUCAUUGUGACUCUACAUGAGAGACGCAAACUGCAAGGCCCAGGAACAAUCACACCAACUUUCAGCAGGACUAAUGAAGAUAAUAUCAGUGAACCAGAAUCUGUCUAUGAGAUUAUGUACCCCAACAUCUCCCAAUUAGAGCCAGUUUAUGAAAAUCUCAGUGUGUAAUCUGUCUACCAGUGUAACAUCCAGUCCAGAUUAUUCCCUGCCAGAAUGCCAGAGGAUGCCCUCUUCUGAAUAUUGAGUGACCUUCGGUUGUGUUGUUCACCUUUUGUCACCACAGUGUUAUUAAAAGCACAUGAAAUUGAACCUAGUGGCUAAGCCUUACAGUUUGCCUGCAAACCCG